AGCUGAUGGACAAGAAUGUUCGUUAAUGCGACUUCAAUUUGACAAUAUCAGCUUUCUUAAGAAGAAUACUUUCAGUCUACGUGCAUGAACCACUAAAGGUUCAGAACAAUGGCUGACUCAAGUUCAAUAGAGACUAGAUCAAAAAAGAAGAAAGGUUCGUCCAACUCAAAGAAAAAAACCGAAGAAGUAGUCAAACCAACAUCACCUCCUGCAGAUACUGGACAAGAUGAAGCCAAGACUGACACACAUGCAAGAUCUUCUGGCUCACCAGAUCCAAACUGUUCCAUCUGCCUUGGCAAACUGGAAAACAAAUCCUUUACAGAUAGCUGUUUUCAUAUGUUUUGUUUUGUCUGCCUGCUUGAAUGGUCGAAGGUUAAGAAUGAAUGUCCCCUAUGUAAACAAUCUUUUAAAAGCAUCAUACAUAAUGUCCGUUCCUAUGAAGACUAUGACCAAUAUCAUUUGAUCAUUAGUAGACCACGUUCCCCUGAACAUCCAUACAGUCGCAAUUUCCGGUAUAGAACAACUUUGACUGAAGAUAGAGUUUUCAAUCUACGAAAUAGAGUCAUUGGAAAUCCAGUUACAGAUCCAGAGACAGUCCUACAACUCCAAGCAAUUGGUGCACCAACCAAUUACCCAGUACAAGCCUAUGAAAUGGCAAGACAAAAUUGGAAUCGUAGACGACAAGCCUCAACUUCUGAUUUUAGACGUAGAAUUUAUACAAACGGAAUGCGUUUGACUGGUAUUCGUGGUGCCAACAAUAGAGUUAGAGAGUGUUCACCCGCUUUUUUUACAAGGAACCCAGCUCUCACUCACCGAUUAGUUCCUUGGUUGAAUCGUGAACUGAAUGCUUUAUUACACGAUGAAGAAUUACACGUUCAGUUUCUUCUUGAACUAAUAAUGGGUCUUGUUAAACGAUUUGACAUUGGUAGUGAGGACUUUUACCAACAUGUCUCUCCUUUUAUUGGUCGUCACACCCGGCAAUUCAUGCGAGAGUUUGAGUCAUUCGCCAAGUGUCCUUAUUGCAUGGUUGUAUAUGAUAAAAAGGCUAUGUAUGAACAUGUUGCAGAGUCUGUGUCUUCCGAUUCCUCCACAAUCAACUCUGUUAGUGAUGAUGAUAGUGAUGUUCAAUUUAUAUCAUCCGAGGCUGCACCAGCCAAUGAAAGAACCAGUGAAUAUAUUAACCUUCCAGACAUAAGCUCAGAAAUCCAGGUCACCAGUACAGUUGACAGUCCAAGAAAUCAAAACUUUUUACAGAAUGCAGGAUGGAUGUCCCCAACACCAGGACCUUCUUGGGGCUUUGAACCAAUCAUGCCUCCAUCGAGACAGAAGAGUUUCAUUCCAAGCUUGAAACGUUCUGUUGGUGCUUCUGAUACUGAAGUUGAUUCCAGUGCAGAUUCAUUAAGUUCUGCAGGCAGCGAUGUGCAGGUGGUUGCUUAUGACAAGCCUUGGGAGGAACGGUCACCAAUCAAUCUGUCUUCUGAAACAGAGAUUGAGAGACCUGUGAAAGAAAAGAAACUAAAAG